AUGGGACGCCAUUGUUCGCACUGUGGUGACUGGCUGGGCCGGCACGAUUUCAGCUACAACCAAUGGCGCAAGGGCGAUGGGUAUUCUCGUUGCAACGACUGUGUCCAUGGCACAAUCUCCUAUCAAUGUCACACUUGCUCCCGCGUCUUUUGCACGCAGAAUGAGCUGGACAUGCACAUGCAGGUCCAUCGGCCGCGGGACGUGGCGUGUCCCAUUUGCGGCGAACGACGUUUCCGAUCGGGUGCCAACGCGGUGCAGCAUGUGGAAAGUGGCUACUGCAGUGGCUGCCAGGGAGCCACCAAUGCUCGCAAUCAAAUUUAUGGAUACGCCCAGUCUCAGCAUGCCAUGCGGCCGUAUCUGGCAGACACGCCCAUGCUCACCAAUGGAGGCUAUGGGGAUGGCAUCACUACUCCUGAUUACCCCUAUCAGUGUGGACCCUGCAAUAA